AUGGGGCGUAACGUUCAACAUACGGAAAAGCUUCGCAUUCGAGAGCUGCUACCAGAGUUGUUCUUAGGCAAAUGGAAACCAGGUCCUCUGAACUCCAUCACAGAUGUCCCAGGAGUUCUUGUACACACCGAGUCGAUACAGGCUGACGAGGACGUAAACACCGGUGUUACUACAAUCCUCCCCAGGGCCGACUGGCACAAAUACGCUUGUCAUGCCGCCAUUUUCAAGUUCAACGGUGCUGGAGAAAUGACUGGGUCUCACUGGAUCGACGAAACAGGCACUUUGACUUCUCCAAUUAUCUUGACGACAAAUUCUUCCAUCGGAGAAGGUUUCAGGGGUGUAUAUGAAUAUGUUUUACGCUACCAUGCAACUCCUGAUGGUGAUAUGGGUCUCUUCACUUUCCCUGUCAUCACAGAAACAUAUGACGGCUACUUGAGCAAACAAAGUCGCUUUGCAGUCACCCCGGAACAUGUCGUCCAGGGCAUUAUCAACGCUUCGGCAGAUGCGGUGCCUGAGGGUUCAACUGGUGGUGGCACGGGUAUGAUAUGCCAUAGGUUCAAGGGUGGUACGGGAUCAAGUAGUCGAAUUGUCCCAGGACUCGAUAAAGAAGGCAACAGCAAGAAUUACACCGUUGGUGUGCUUGUUCAAGCUAACUAUGGACAAAAGGAGGACCUUUGCAUUGGUGGUGUUCCUGUUGGGCGGAUAUUGUCAUCAACAGAAAACCUUUCCUCUACUUCGACUACAUCUGGCGUCCAAGGACCACUUGCUGACGGCAGCAUCAUCAUCAUUGUCGCGACAGAUAUCCCCCUUCUCCCAGUUCAGCUUCAACGGCUAGCCAAGCGUGCAACUGUCGGGCUUUCACGAGUUGGUGGCUAUGGUAGUAAUGGUUCAGGCGAUAUUUUCAUGGCUUUUUCUACGGCUGCCAAGAUUCCCAUGCAGCAGUUUGAAGGCGGUUUGGAUCCUUACAAACCUUCUUCGGUUAGCGUUGAAACAGUUGAGAAUGAGUCAAUUAACGGUGUGUUUGAGGCGGUGGCUGAUGCGACUGAAGAGGCGAUAUAUAAUGUUCUUUCCAUGGCAGAGACCAUGACGGGGUACAAGGGACGUACGGUGGAAGCGUUAGAUAUGGAUAAGGUCAAGGAGAUAGUCAUCAAGCGGAUGUAG